AUGAAAAAUAAGCCGACAUCUCUUCUACCGGAACCAUACGAAUUCCCUGGCGAGGGCGAGAAUGGUGAAAAGCUGCCAUAUGAUCUCAUGAAGGUUUUGAAUAUUCAUCAACAACGUUGUGCGAGACCAACUUCUUUACCAACCCCUGUAGGUAUCGAUCCUGCAUCCCUUUUGAAGGAGCGUGAAUAUAGGAUACAAAACCGUGUCGGUCUUCGUAUCAAGGAGUUAAGCAAUCUACCCGCUGAUCUUCCUCCACAUCUAAGAAUAAAGGCGGAAAUCGAACUACGUGCACUUCGACUGGUGAAUUUACAAGCACAGGUCCGAAGUGAGGUAAUGGGAGCGCUCCGAAGAGAUACGACGCUUGAGACAGCUCUAAAUCCAUAUGCCUAUCGCCGAACAAAGAGACAGUCAUUACGAGAGGCGAGAGUCACUGAAAAAUUAGAGAAGCAACAGAAGAUGGAGCAGGAAAGAAAACGUCGUCAGAAGCAUACUGAUCUCAUGCAAGCCAUUAUUCAACAUGGGAGAGAAUUCAAGGAGUAUCAUAGGAACAAUCUUCUCAAGACACAAAAAGUUAAAAAGGCUGUUCUCACUUAUCACCAGAACAACGAGCGUGAGAGAAAGAAGGAUGAAAUCAAAAAUGAACGACUUCGAAUGCAAAAACUCAUGCAGGAAGAUGAAGAGGGUUAUCGUGCGUUGCUGGACGAAAAGAAGGAUCAACGUCUUGUAUACUUGUUGCAACAAACUGAUGAGUAUGUAGAAAGUUUGUGCAGUCUUGUACGACAGCACCAGAACGUGGAGAAAAAGAAGAAAAGGGAAGAGAAAAAGAUGUCAAAAAUGGAAGAAGGUGAAGCUCGCGUUCACGUUCGUGACACAUCAACCGGGAAGAUCCUUCAAGGCGAUGAAGCUCCAAAACCCGAUGAGUUGGAAGUUUGGCUCGAAACUCAUCCUGGAUUCGAGGUUGUCCCAAGAGAUCAGCUCUCAGACGAUUCCGAUUCAGACGAAGAAGACAAUCCUGCUCCAGCGCCUGCAAAGAAAGAUGUUGACGAGUAUGCUGGCAUGGAUGAAGAAACGAAAGCUCGAAUCAUUCUCGAGAAGGCUAGAAACGAGGAAGAUGAAUAUGAUCAAAGGAACCGCAAACAGAUGGCAGACUAUUACGCCACUGCGCACAGGAUAAAGGAGAAAAUCGUACAACAACAUUCUACGAUGGGUAGUGAUACUUUGCUGCUGAAGCCUUACCAGCUGAAAGGUCUUGAGUGGAUGGUCUCGCUUUACAACAACAAUUUGAAUGGGAUUCUAGCUGAUGAAAUGGGUUUGGGAAAAACUAUUCAGACUAUUUCCCUCAUCACCUACUUGAUGGAGGUGAAACAAAACAACGGCCCCUAUCUUGUUAUUGUCCCACUGUCCACGCUUUCGAACUGGAACAUGGAGUUCGAGAAAUGGGCUCCAUCCGUUGUCAAGGUGGUGUAUAAAGGCAAUAAGGAAUCUCGUCGGCGUGUCGAAGGUCAGAUUCGAAAAGGAGCUUUCAAUGUCUUAAUGACAACCUACGAGUAUGUGAUUCGCGAAAAGGCUCUCCUUGGAAAGAUUCGUUGGAAGUACAUGAUCAUUGACGAGGGACAUCGACUCAAAAACCACAACUGUAAACUUACGCUCAUGUUGAAUGGCUACUUCCAUGCCCAGCAUAGAUUGCUUCUCACUGGUACUCCACUUCAGAAUAAGUUGCCAGAAUUGUGGGCUCUCCUGAACUUCCUUCUCCCGUCAAUCUUCAGUUCGUGCGGAACCUUCGAACAAUGGUUCAAUGCACCGUUUGCCACUACAGGAGAAAAGGUGGAGCUGAACCAAGAAGAAACGAUGUUGAUCAUUCGGCGUUUGCACAAAGUCUUGAGACCCUUCUUGCUGAGAAGGCUGAAGAAAGAGGUGGAAUCGCAACUCCCGGAUAAGACCGAAUAUGUCAUUAAAUGUGACCAGUCAGCCUUGCAGAAAGUUCUUUAUAAGCACAUGCAAAAGGGAUUGCUUAUCGAUAGCAAGCAGCAGUCGGGUGGCCGUGCUUUGAUGAACACAGUUGUUCAUCUCAGGAAGCUGUGUAACCACCCCUUCCUCUUCCAGUCUGUUGAGGAUUCAUGUCGUGCGUUUUGGAAGGUUGAUGAGGUUUCAGGACAAGACUUAUACCGAGUUUCUGGUAAACUGGAGUUGUUGGACCGUAUUUUGCCGAAGUUGAAAGCGACAGGACAUCGCGUGCUUAUGUUCUGCCAAAUGACCACUAUGAUGACGAUUAUUGAAGACUUCUUCAAUUAUCGAAAAUGGAAAUACCUUCGCCUAGACGGCAGUACUAAGCCCGAUGAACGCGGUCAACUGCUAGAGCUCUACAAUGCUCCCGACAGUGAAUAUUUCCUCUUUAUGCUGUCUACUCGCGCUGGUGGUUUAGGGUUGAACUUGCAAACGGCAGAUACUGUGAUUAUAUUCGAUUCGGAUUGGAAUCCACAUCAGGAUAUGCAAGCCCAGGAUCGCGCACAUCGUAUCGGUCAGAAGAGAGAAGUUCGUGUUUUACGUCUUAUCACUACGAAUUCUGUGGAGGAGCGAAUCUUAGCAGCGGCCAAAUAUAAGCUGAACGUCGACGAGAAAGUUAUCCAAGCAGGAAAGUUUGAUCAGCGAUCUACUGGAGCGGAACGAAAACAGAUGUUGGAGCAGAUCAUUCGUGCUGAGUCGGAGGAUGAUGAAGACGAUGAAGUGCCAGACGAUGAAACGAUUAAUCAGAUGAUAGCUAGGUCCGAAGAAGAAUUCAAUCUGUUCCAGUCGAUGGAUAUCGAUCGACGAAGGGAGGAAGCAGGACAACUUCAUAGAAAGCCUCGUUUGCUGGAAGAGAAUGAGAUCCCGCACGAUAUUUUGAAAGCAUCAGAUGAGUUUGCGGAAUUGGAGCGUAAUCAGCGUGAAGGAGUCAUCAAGGAGGAUCCAUAUGCCACAGGGAGACGACGUAGGCGCGAGGUUGACUACUCAACGGACCUUAUGUCGGAUGACCAGUGGCUCAAACAAAUUGACGACGCGGUCUACGAUAUACUGGUCGGGUUCAAGACGAAUGAUGGCAGGGAGAUUGCUGUACCGUUUAUCGAGCUUCCAACGAAACGAGAGCUACCAGAUUAUUACGACAUUGUUCAUAAUCCUAUGGAUUUUGUUAGAAUUAAGAAAAAGAUUGACAAAGGACGGUAUGCCACAAUCGAAGAAAUGGGAACUGACGUCAAGCUUCUUUGCGAAAAUGCUAGGUUGUACAAUAUCGAAGGAAGUGACAUAUACAACGAUUCGAUGCUUCUUGAAGCUGUUUGGAUGAAGAUCACAGGCGGAGAUCCGAUGGCUCUUCUGAAAGGAAGAUCGAGUGAAGGUAGCAGUCAGUCUGCUGGUGCUCAGAAAGAGAAGGCAGUUGUAGAUGACAGCGAUUCCCGAGAUCGAACUCCGUCCAAGAAAGAUAACGAGGACAGUCAAUCAUCAGUUUCAUCUAGCCGGCGAAAGUCUAGGCCUUCGAAGAGAAAUGUGUCCUCUGAUGAAGAAUCUGAUUAA